UCUUUGCCAUUCACAUUCUCCGAAAUGACUGACCAGGAAAACAGACUGCGAAAGUUUAAAAAUGUUGGAAAGGAUCUCGAAGAGAGGCGAAGCAACCGACAAGAAAAUCAAAUUGAGCUGCGUAAGAACAAGAAGGAAGAGCAGAUGAUGAAACGUCGAAAUAUCGAGUCGGUUGAUGUGAACGAACCACUGAGUCCCGUCCAGGUUAAUAAUUCCGACGGAUCUGUAAUUCAAAAUGCCGCUACAAAUGAGCCUAUUAUGACUCUGGAUGACAUCAAGACCCACAUCGAGGGAUCUGACCCCAUGAAAGUGCUUUCGGCUGUCAGAAGUACAAGACGGCUUCUUUCUCGUGAACGAAAUCCGCCUAUCGGUAAAAUAAUUGACGCUAAUUUGAUUCCUUCAUUAGUGAGGUAUCUGACGGCUGAUGAUAAUCCGCUAUUGCAGUUUGAAGCUGCGUGGGCAAUAACAAAUAUUGCGUCAGGAACUACAGAGCAGACCAAAGCUGUCGUAAAAUCAGGCGCAGUUGAAUCUUUCGUGCAUUUGUUGCAGUCUGAGCAUAUGAAUGUUGUGGAACAGGCCGUUUGGGCUCUGGGAAAUAUUGCCGGGGAUGGGGCUCCGCAGCGUGAUCGAGUUACGGAGGCAGGAGCUGUGCCAAUCUUGAUUAAGCUGUCUACUUCCAUCACGAAUCUGCCUAUGCUGAGAAACAUUACUUGGACCAUUUCUAACUUGUGCCGAAACAAGAAUCCGCAGCCUAAAAUUGAGGUUAUUCAAGAGCUGUUGCCUACUUUGAAAUUGUUGCUCGCCAAUGAUGACCGCGAUAUUAUGACUGAUGCUUGCUGGGCACUUUCUUAUGUCACCGAUUCAACCGAUGAACGAAUUCAGCUUCCUCUUGAUAUCGGAAUUUUGCCACGAUUGAUUCAUUUGCUUCACAGCAGCGAUCCACGAAUCACAACUCCUGCCUUGCGAACUGUUGGAAAUAUAGUUACAGGAAAUGACAUGCAAACUCAAUGUGUCAUUGAAGAAGGAGGCUUGAAUGCAUUUGGACAGUUGCUUAAGCACCAGAAGAAUAACAUUGUCAAGGAGGCCGCUUGGGCUUUGAGUAAUAUCACGGCUGGAAACACUUCUCAAAUACAGGCGUUUCUCGACGCUGGCUUACUAGGUCCGGUAAUUGAAGUUCUGAGGAGUGGUGAUUUCAAAAGUCAAAAAGAGGCAGCAUGGGUAAUCACUAAUUUGUCAACUGGCGGAGAGAUUCAACAGAUUUUGCAGCCUAUUCAAGCAGGAAUAAUGGAGCCUUACGGACUUUUGCUGGACUGUCAAGAUGGAAAAAUUGUGCAAAUGGUUUUGGAAGGCUUGAGGAACUUCUUGCUUGCUGCUAAACAAAUCAACCAGCUGGAGAUCAUGACUAAUGUUGUGGAGGAGAGUGGGACGUUGGACAGACUGGAGCAACUGCAGCACCACUCCAACGAGGACAUCUACAAGGCAGCCUACGCUCUACUGGAGGAGUUCUUUUCAGACGAAGCAGCCGUUGCUGCUAAUCCAGGUGAAGCUGCGGUUCCCGAGGUCACGCCAGAAGGCUACUUGACUAUGGGAUCGAAUGAAGAUGCGACUGAACAUCAGUUCAGCUUCUAAUCAAUCACAAAUAGGACACAACCCGAUCAUGCUGAAUCACCCAAGUGCAAUUAAAUAACUAAUUGACCCGUGCAAUAACUCAUCCAAUUUUAACUUGAGAAAUGAAAUUGAUUGGAUUGAUGUUAAAACUGAAUUGAUUGACUUUUGAAAAUUUUGACUUGAUUGACUUAAUUUUUGUUGUGGAUGGAAAACAGGGGGAUAAAUAUAGGAGUUCUCCACUCAUUAGCUUAAUUUAGCGUGGAAGUGAAUACUGUUUGACUAGAUGUUGAAUGAUAUCGUUUAAUUUGUGAAUUGCAACAAUGGCUUGAAUUUGAGGAAUCUCGUGAUGAUGAGGACUUGAAGUCUGAAAAUAACUAUGUAUGUAUGAUUGCUUGUUGAUUUAACUAAUAAAGUGUUCGUGAAU